UGAUGUUUUUUAACAUCACAAUUAUUAAGUGACAGGACAAAAUUGGUUCAGGAUCCAGCAAAAUUCAACCAAUGAGACAUAAAAAUAAAGGAAAAUAUAUUUACGAUAAUAAAAGGACAAGAAGGAUGGGGGGGUGAUCAAUAAGGGUUAAAUAAAAAUAUCUGAAUCAGAGAUUGAUCAGAAUCGCUCAUAGAUUCUGAGUCCAGCUCCAUGACAGGAAGAUCAGUCAAUCCAAUGUGCAGGUAGGUUUUCAUACCUUAAAAAUGGUUGCCAUAUUUAAUAGUCUUACUUCUAUUCUGCAUCCAGUAGGUUAUUUUUUCUGGGGUCACAGUUUUGAUCUCACAAAGCCAUAGUUGAACUGGAAGGGGGGGCGUCUGAUUUCCAUUUUGUUGUAAUAUAUUUCUUAGUAAUUGCCAGAAGGACUUCUGUGAGUUUCUUAUAAUUUGUGUUUAGAUUGGAGUUUGUGAGGUUCCCAAAUAAACAAUUUGAACUGUUAGAAUCGUGAUGCCAGGAGAUUCAGGAGCAGGAAGUCGGGCAACUUCAUCCCACUCAGGUCUGCUCAAACGGAACCAGAUAGAUUUAUUCAUCUCCACUGCAGCAGCAUUUUCACUGAAUCUGACUGAUACUGCGAGUGGAACCAGUUAAAUCAACCUGAGAUCAUUUUGACCCAUGUAAAAUUUACUGAAACCAGUAGCAUCAGUCUGGAGUCAGAGUGAGUAGUUUACAUCUGGGCUGAACCAGUUUGGAUCCAGUCUGAAUGAAUCUGAAACCAGUGUGAUCCAUUACUAGGGGCAAACUGGACCGAGCUAAACGCUGAUUGGGGACAGUUUCCAAUUUAAGCAGAAGUUAAGCAGAGAACGGAACUGCGCUUCCUCGGUCGACCUGUGGGGGGCAGCAUCGCUCUUUUCCACUGAUUAUUCAUAAGAAGAAGAGACGUACCGGAGUGGUAGUGGAAUAAACUCGUAAAUAAACUUAAAUAUUUGACAUAUUCGUUGGUAGACGCGGCAUUUUUUCGGACUGGGGGGUUAGAUAAGGGUGCUAAGCUAUUGUUCACGGUAGAGCGGCGGGUUAAGCGGCUGCAUUUCAGGUUUAAAGUCGGAUUGUUGUUAGUUAGCCUGCGGCUAACCUCCUCGGUGUCUACCUGCCGAUAUGGGCCGUGGAGACGGACCCACCAGGGACAGGACUCCUCUCGGACCUCCAGGGGAAGACGUACCUCUUUUCGAGAUGGGGCCGCCGGGCUGGGGCCCUCCUCCACCAGGAGGUUGGGGACCUCCGCCUCCCGGUGGUUGGGGUCCACCGUCCCCAGAAGGAUGGGGUCCAAGAGGCCCUCCGCCUCCAGACUGGGACCUUAGGGGACCCCCUCCUCCGGAAUGGGGUCGCGCUUAUGACUGGGGCCCAAGAGGUCCCCCACCUCCUGAUUGGGAUCCAAGACUUCACCCACCCCCGGACUGGGACCCCAGAGGCCCCCCACCUCCUGACUGGGACCCCAGGGGUCCCCCUCCUCCAGGUUGGGACCCCAGAGGCCCCCCACUCCCUGAUUGGGACCCCAGGGGCCCCCCUCCUCCAGCUUGGGGCCCAUAUCCUGAUGACUGGGUGCCUCCCCCAGACUGGCAACGACCCCCGCACUGGAGAGGCUGGGGUCCGGAGUGUCCUGACCCAUGGGGUCCGGGGGCUGUCUCAUCUGUCCCUCCUGUUCCACCGGUCCUUCCACCCGGUCUACCCCCACCCGGUCUACCCCCGCCCAGUCUACCCCCUCCCGCUCCUAUUGGGAUCCCCCCUCCAGACCCUGUGGCCGUCCCGCCCGUCCCUCCUCUGGGCUGCAUGCCUCCAUUUGGGUUCCCGCCCCCCUUCCCGGCACCGGUCUGGACCGCGGAGCCAGUGGCGGAGGAGCCGAUGCCCAACCCGCCGCCUGACCAACCGGAGUGGAUCAAGGCUCUUAUUUCUGCUCCACCUGGUGACUCGACUCCAGCCGAGACUAAAAAAGACUCUGAAGCUCCCGCCGUCACCAAGGUCGCGCCCCCUGACCCUGCCCCGGCUGCCGCCCCCACACCUCCUGCCACCCCGAAGCCUGAGCCCAGGUACACGGCCAAGGCGCUGGGGCUGCUAGGAAAGCGAACCUUCGAAAGGCCUCCACCCGGCAGAUCCACAGGGAUCAUCUCCUUCGUCGGGCCAACGUUCGGUUCCAUCGAGAGGGAAGACCUGGAGAAGUUCCAGUUCAGCUUCGAUGUCUUCUUUGGGAACCCCAACGCCCUGACGCCCGGCGUCCGGGUCCACUUCACGGCCUGCAAGGAGAAGAACCGGGCCGUGGCCACGGAUGUAAAAGUGGCUCCGGGGGGAACGGAGAACGUGGACCCGGAGAUCUACGAAGCCGUGGUCAGCCAGGCCAUCGAGGAGCCGCAGCCCGGCGACCGGCAGUACCCCGGCCAGGUGCACGUGACCCUGGGCAUGGUGCGGACCAACCUGGCGUUUGAGAGGAAGGACAGCACCGUGACGUUGCUGAAGGACGAUCAGGUGCUCAUCAACGUUCUGACCGACAUCGUCACGGAGAAACGGCGAGCCACCAACAUCAGACCCAAGAUCCCUGCCACCUUCGGCUCCACCAGGGAGACCAGGGAGAAGGGCGUCAUUGUCAGUCUGAAGGAAAACGAAGGCGUCAUUCAGUCAGAAGAACACGGGGAGCUUCAGUUUGAGACCAGAGAGAACUUGAGUGAUGUGGACUUCACCGAGGAGGACAUCAAUGAGGAGGUGGAGUUCACUGUCCUGCCGCUGAGAGGGGGGAAGCGGGCCGUCAGGAUCAAACGAGUCAAAGAGCCCCUCCUCCUGACGCUCUGUGGUGCCUCUUGCUCCGCCCCCGAGGAACUGGAGAGAACCAAUGGGGAGAAGGUCUCUGUGGGCCCCAACCGGACAACGUCCAAGUCCAGGGAGGAGUUGGAGCCUCACAUGGUGCUGGACUCUGAGCUCUACGAAGGCAUCGUCAGCCAGACCAUCAUCGAGCCCAAGGAGGACGUUCCCGGAUAUCCGGGUCAGAUCGUCGCCAACAUCGGCCCCCUCAGGACCAACGUAACCUUUGACCACCGGGACUGUUCGGUGACUCUGCUGAAGAACGACCACGUCCUGAUCAACCUGCUGAUCAACACCUUGACCAACAAGAGGCGGGCCGCCAACAUCCGGCCCAAAAUCCCCUUCACCUUCCGCUACACCAAGGAGGUCCGCGAGCAGGGAACCAUCGCCUCGCUCAGAGACAAGGAGGGGCUCGUCAGCUCCACCAAGCACGGCAACUUGCCCUUUGACCUCUGCGAAAACUUCAGCGAUGCAGAAUUCGACUCUGACGAUGUGGGGAAAGACGUGGAGUUCACAGUGACCACGGAGAAAGCCCAGGUCAGAGCGAUCCGGCUGAGGAGGAUGAGGAGGAGCAAGGCGGCCGAAGACAAGAUCCUGCAGGAGCAGAAAACCCGCGAGCUGGAGGAGCGCCAGAGGAGGGAGGAGGAGCGCCAGAGGAGGGAGGAGGAGGCAGAGAGGAGGAGGAAAGAGGAGGCGGCUGCUGCUCUGGCAGCGGCCAAAGACAAGUGGACUCCGUUCGGCUUCAGGUACAGAGUCGCCGACUCCAUGCUGGAGGUCAGCAGGGAGCGCUUCCAGGGCACCGUGCUCAAAGCCAUCUGCAGGAGCCCUCCCAAGGAGCCGAGGGAGGAGCAGGAGGAGACACAGGAGGCAGAUGUGAAGGAGGAGGAGAUGGUGGUGAAGGAGACGAAGCCGGUGCAGGAGGAGAAAAGAGGCAUUGAGCAGGUCAAGCAGGAGGAAACGGAGGACGGCGAGCAGCAGGAGGCGACGGGACCGAUUGGGAGGAAGGAGAUAAAGCAGGAGGAGGAGGAGCAGCAGAUCGGGGCCCCCAACCCGCCGGCCCCCGAGGUGGGUCGGCUGGUGAUGACCGUGGACGGCCGGCAGAAGCAACUGACCUUUGGCCCCAAUGACCUGCUGACCCUGGCCACCAUGCUGGUGGGAGACAAGGUCCGCUUCAGCCUGGCCACGCACCGCCUCACCAAGGAGGAGCGCGCCACCUUCAUUGAGAUCCUCCCCGACUCCUUCGAGGAGUCCACGGAGCAGCGGAUGCACGGCAUUGUGAUCGAAUUCUCUGAGGACUCUGGACUCAUCAAGUGUUCGGAGAACCCUCAGCUGUUCUUCAAAAUGUCCGAGGUGGUGGAGAAGAAGAAGCUGGAGCUGAACGAGAAGGUGGAGUUCAGCGUCGUCCCGCAUCCGACAGCAGACGGAGGGAAGCAGGCCAUCAGGCUCAAACGCUUCACGGAGAAAGUUUUUCUCCCGGUUCGCAAACUGAGCGGUGUCGGAGCAACCAAAGGGAAGAUGACCAUCAAGUUGGCAAAACCUCCAGACGGAGCUGAAAACCAGAAACCAGAGGCAGACAAACAGAAGGCCGUGUUUAAAACGAUAAAGAAGGACACCAGCAUCUCCCGCCACAAGUACCGUCGCAGCCGGAGUAAGGAGAGGAGCAAAAGUCGGAGUCCAUCCAAAGAUCAGUUUGGCCGCGUGGCGAAAAAGAGACACAGCACAAGUGUCGAACGAGAACGCAGCAACAGAUACAGACGAAGCCGAGAGAGGUCGAGCAGGCGCAGCCGGAGCCGCAGCGGCAGCCGCAGCAGGAGCCGCAGCGGAAGUCGCAGCAGAAGCCGCAGUAGAGAGAAAAGCUCCAGGAAGAGGAGCAGGUCCAGCAAAGAGCACGAGGACAGCCACCACAGAAGGCCGAGCCCGCCGCCACGGCGAGGCGCGGUGGUAGAUACCGAGCUGGCAAGGAAGAAACGAGAGCUGGAGGAGCUUAACGAGAUGAUCGCCUAUAAGAAGUCUCUGGUUGACCCCAGGGGGCUGGAGCCUGGAGGCAGGACCUGCAUCGACUACGACCACGGCAGGAUCAGCAUGCCUCGCUCAAUUCUCAAGAAGCGCCCAGAAGAACCAGAUUACAUCCGGCCUCCCUAUGAUGACCCCUACUAUGACCGCCCGUACGGUCCGUUCCCAGGCCGCCGCUACGGCGAGCCCUACAGCGACCCGUACCCUCACCCGUAUGCAGACCGGCCAUACGCAGACCGACCGUAUGACAGCCGUCUCUAUGGCGACCCUCCCUAUGGCGGAGCCCCUUCUUCCAGCCAUCGCUACACUGAUCGGUAUGACGUGUACAAUGAGCAUUACGACAGUCACUUCUAUGACCCCGCGUACAGGGAACGUCCCUACGAUCCUUACCCACCAGUAAAACGAAGUAGAUCUCCAGAACCUCGUGUCUCUUCCCCACCUAGCCAAGAUGCUAACAUCUCUGCUAAAUCCUUGACUCACUCAGUCUCCACUUUCAGACCUCCGUCUCCCAUCGACUCUCCUCCAAAAACACCUUCUCCCAAACGAAAGUUCACAACUCCCCCGCAGUCCCCUCCGGCUCAGAAACCCCCUCUGCACCGAUUCCUUGACAUGCUCAACAAGAAGACGGUUGCUGAGAAGACCUCGGAACCGUUGGAUGUUACAGACGACCUCCUGCCUCAUGAGCGAGCCCUUCAGGAUGGCAAAGGCUUCUCUAGUAUUGUAGGUAUGGCUCAAGAGCGCCCCAGCAGCAGUCUGGUCCAUGAAGUGGAGAUCAAGCAACCAAACUCCAAACAACCCUCUGUGGAGAAAAUGGGUGAUGGUCAGAAUCCAGAACCCUAUGAUAAGAUACAAAGUCUGCUACGUUCAAUUGGCCUCAAGCUGAGCUCUGGCGAGGUUUCCAAACUGGCCAGUAAAGCUCAGGAGAAAACCUUGAGCUUCAAGUCGUCAUCGAUGGAAAGAGAGACAUUUCCUAAGGAAGAGUUGCGGAGCGGCAGGACUGGUUCUGUGGAAAUGGAUCAUAUCCAUUCUCCCUCUCCUGCCAGAUCUUCCAGCAUUGAACCGCUCAGCAAUCUGAAGCCGGUCAUUUCGGAGUACGAGAAAUUCUUUGACCAACAUGAGUUUGAAGAGCAAAAGAAGGCGCAACAUCUGCAGAGCCAUACCAAGAUGACAGGGAGCACACCACCCACCGUUUCCUCUCCAAAGCCUCCUCCGGGGCCGCCUCCUGCCCACUACCAGCACCCAACCCCCCCACUCAACUGGCCUCUUGGUAUCACCACCACAUCCCACGGCCCUGAUGCCCCAGCUGCAGCCGCCCAGCCCCACCCCAGGCUGCUGCGCCCCCCAGGCCCUCCACCAGGGCCUCCUCCACGGCGCCAGGCACAGCACCUUCCUGGCCCUCCGCCCCAGCGCCCAGCUGGACUGCCUCCUUUCACGACAGCCUCCACUCAUACGGUUCUUCCGUUCAUUGGCCAAGCCAGUCCUGCUUCAGCCGCCAGUGGAGCCACCUCCUUACAGCCCACACCCACUCCCACCAUGACACCAGUAACCUCAAGUCCUUCAAGCUGCGACCAGUCGCCCAUGUCUACCACGGUGGUGCGCUGCUUGAACCUGAUUGAGACUGUGAAGUCUCUGAGCACCCCGCCGCCAGCCAAACCUGUUAAAUCUGUCCAGUUCAGCUUACCCUCAGUGUCGUUCAGCAGCUCGCCGCCCUCACUGGAGACGGACGACGACAUCAAGGCCAAGCAGAAGGAGAAGCUGGAUUUGUAUAAUCAGAGGCUUCUGGAGAAGAGGGAACAGGAGUACAAAGAGAGGCUUACCCUCAGGAGACAAGGAGAGAGGAGCAAAGAGGGUCCGCCAGUCCCGGCAGGUAAACCAAUCAGUAGCGAGCCCAAGAACGUUUGGAUCUGUGGUCAUUCGCUUGUGUACUGGGCCGAGUCGCGGGCCAAGUCUCCAGAGGUAGGUAUGCAGCUGGGCAUGGACCCCAACAAGGUGACCAUUUGGUGGAAGGGUAUCCAGGGCAUGACCUGGUCCCAGCUGUUGCCCCAGCUCCACCAGCUGAAGAUCACCUGGCCCAACCCGGACGCCCUGAUCGUUCACCUGGGAGGGAACGACCUGAGCACCGAGAGCCCCACUAACCUGCUGGCCUCCGUCAAGAAGGACAUGGCCUCCAUACGGAGCAUCUUCCCACACUGCCUCCUGGUGUGGUCCGACAUCCUCCCUCGCCGGGUGUGGCGUCACUCGCCAGACAGCUAUGAAGUGGAUCUGGUUCGCACCACUGUGAACCGCAGAAUCCACAGCAUUGUGUUGGAUUUGGGCGGCAUCUCAGUGAACCACGACAACAUCCGGUGCGGCACCAACACGGGGCUGUACCGGGGCAACGGCAUCCACCUGUCGCCUAAAGGCAUUGAUGUUUUCAACCUGAACCUGCAGGAGUUUCUGGAAAAGUGGGAGCUGGAGGUGAACUCCCCGAAGGCUCCAGGGGUGUAGGCAUCAUUCUUUCUUUCACGGUUCUUAUGUCCCCAGUAGCUAGCUAGUUCAGAUGAAUAUAAUUGAUGCUCAUAAGGGCAGUUAUGUUGUAGUUUGACGGUAGAACAGUUUCAUUGUCAGCUGAAAUAUCCCAUCAUUGUUAUUAAUUUUAUAUGAUUUUCAGCAGAAGUGUCUCCAGAUGAUCCUGAAGUUUCCUAUGCAGGAAGUCUUCUGGUUUUCUUGUAAAACUGAAUAAAAUCAUUUAAUCAAAGUAAAUCAAGUUUCUCAAUGAAAUGAGUUUUAGGAAAAUGUAAAUAAAAACUGUUCUGAAUUGGUGUCAGUUUAAUAGUGUACAGUUGGCUGAGCAUUGUGAGAUGAGAACAUCUGAUGUUCUCUGGUUCAUUCAUCAGCAGAACCGCCGGGUCUUUUUUACCAGAUACUUCCCUGUAAAUAAAACUCACUGCCUCUCAUUUCAUCAACUCUUCCUUUAUGAUUACAAGGGACAUACAUUAUAGCUGCACAGUGGGCUAAAUUCAUUUGACCCCCAAAAACCACAUCUGGCAGCGAAGGGAGACGUCAUAAACUGUAGUGCAUUAAAUGUAUUGUUUGGGUUUUCAUCGACCUCUAGAUAUGUCGAGUGUAGAAGUUACAGAGCAAAUGUCUGGCAGACGGCAGUCAGAACUGCAGACUCUGAUGGAAGACUCCGGUGUUUAGCCCUGAAGAAAGCAUGAAGGCAGAGCAGCAGGACCUCAGGACGACCCAUCAGACCGUCACAUCCUGGAGACUCUGUGAGUAAAACCCAGUCCAACAGAACUGUGAUUGGACCCAAGAGCGAAAAGCUGAAAGGUUUUUAGCUGCUUGGGUUUUAGGUGGAUUGUGUUUGUCCAUGCAGAUCAGAUCUGAUGGAGCAUCAGAGCGCAGAUCUGCAGCUGAAGGCAGUGUGUGCUGCUUCUGGGUCACAGCUACACAAACACACCUGGACUAAAGUUCAAACCACAGCAGUAAUCUGGGUUAUUUUUUUUAAAGAAAAAAUAUCGGCGUCAUUUGUUUAUAAAUGUUUGCAGACUGCACAGGUGGAGGUAAACCCACAGAGUCCAGCAGAACCUCGGGGAGGAUGAGCUGAUGGUCCGGUUCAGAGGCCGUUGCUGCCAGGCGGAGCUCAUUCACCGCCAGGCUGUGUGAAAGUUGAUUAAAGCCUUUAAAAGAGACCUUGGAGCGUUUUAGUCCCAUUUCCAUUACAGUAAAAGGAGCCUAGUUCAAAUCUUUCUUCUAUAGUUUGGGGCGAUUUUCCCUUUUCUGUUUGUGUUAUGCUAAUAAAAAAAAAGUAUAAACCUGGGAUCUUUUGAGUUUAUCAAUAAAACUGAAUUUAAAAAAAUCAA